AUGCCCAAAAUCAGGACCAGCCGCACCAAGCCUCCUCCCGAGGGGUUUGAGGACAUCCAGGACAUACUCGAGGAGUACGAGAAGAAGAUGCGCGAUGCCGAGACCGAGAGCCACGAAGGCAAGCGCAAGGUCGAGGCGGUGUGGCCGAUCAUGCGUAUCUCGCACGCGCGCUCGCGAUACAUUUACGACUUGUACUACAAGCGCGAGCUCAUCUCGCGACAGCUGUACGACUGGCUCCUGAAGCAGGGAUACGCCGAUGCCAACUUGAUAGCCAAGUGGAAGAAGCAAGGAUACGAGCGCCUCUGCUGCGUCCGCUGCGUCCAGGUCAAGGACUCGAACUUCCAGGGCUCGACCUGCAUCUGCCGCGUCCCCAAGGCAAGCCUCAAGAAGGGUAUCGUCGUCGAGUGCCCGAACUGCGGUAAGAUCACCACUGCUUACUAUGAGCUCACACCAGGCUGCCGUGGCUGCGCAUCCGGUGACUAG